UAUUUCAUGUGACAAACCCUGCAAUAGAAGGGAAAUAAAAAAUUUAUUCUCUUAUUAAAUUCCUCAAAACAUCAAAUUAACAAUAUUUCCAAUGCAUCGGCAUAUCAAGCAAAAUACUUUCAACUUUGCAAACCGAAACCAUUGCCAAAAAUCAUUGCCUUCCGGCUCGAGUACAAGAACAAGCUAAAUUCCUUCCUUCAUUCCAACCAAGACGGAAGCGAUGGAAACGAUUUCAACACUCCAUCUUCCAGAGAUGACACAGAGGCGUAGGGUUAGGAUUUAUCAUAGCGAGCGAAAUGCACCGAGCGAAAGAUGGAAGAAUACACUCCCAAUCCCUUUCCCCCCUGGGUACGGACAAACCGAUCGGCAAACGUAACGGACGGGCCAAUAAAGCAGGAAAAACAAAAACCCGGCGAACGAAAACGAUGCUCCAUUUCAGUUCGUUUGGGGGUUUGCUUGCUUGGUAGAUGUGCUUGCUACCAUCGUGUGUGUGUGUGUCAGUGUACGCGUGUAUACAUAAGCUACAACGACACCGACAACUACCACGACGACGACGACGACGACGAUGAUGAUGAUGACGACGAUGACGACGGCGCGCGUCUUUGGGGACCGGCAGCAUCGAGAAGCUUUCCGCCGGCGAAAUCAGUUUCCAUCUGGACGGUAACGCGUUUGGUUGCGUUUCGGGGUUUUUCCGAUUCGAGUGUGUUUCCCGUCGUGCUGUGUGAAGCCGUACCGUGCCUUCAAAUGGGGUCUGGGAAUGGGUGGUUUAAACAGGUAGAAACAGUGUGUUGUGAUGUGAAGUAAAAAUUUUCCAAUAGUGUGUUUUUGCCAAAAUGUAUAAAAGUGUUCAAAUGUUCUAAUUGCUCGAGUUAGAAAUAGUAUUAAGGUAUUCAUUGCGAGUGAUUUAAAGAUGUGCAUGAAUUAUGAAAUUGUUCUCUCUACGUGAUUGUGCAUUUAACAUAUAUUAAAGGUUACAUCAAUAUUUCAAAAUAGUUCCUACUGCGUCGUCGAAAAAGAAAAAAAGUGAUUUCAAUCAAUUUCCGCCAUUGUGCGUUGUGGGCACUGUGCAUUAUUUAAUAGCCAUUUACCACGAAAAGUGAUCGCUCGCCCGUUUGUGUGCGUUAAACCCGCGGGGGCAAUGUGCAAGUGGUGCCAACAUUGUGACGCUUUAAAGCGCGCCGAAUGCCGACGGUUCGAUGUACAUCGAUCGUCAACCCGGGGCCUUGCUGACCCCGGUUCCGUGUAGGUUGUGAAGUGAAUUUUUAAUGAUUCGCCCGGUUUUGAAUCGAGCCCCCGCCGCCCCCCAAGCAAAAGAGUGAGUGAGAGAAAAUUUGCGGAAAAAUUGAAAACCUACCCUACUGCCCCGCCGAUUGCUGCACAUGGCGAACGAAACAAUGCCAACUACACCGACUGCGGCUGCGAUUGCAGCGGACGACGGUUCCGGUGGGUCACCGUUCGGCGAGGGAAAUGUGACCGGAAUUUCGGUGGAAAACCCUUCGCUGGUGGAGGGGCUGCUGGCGCUGGCAAUGAAUGCGAGCGGUGCGGAACGGUGCCGACUGCAGCAACAGGCGGAGGAGUUGCUGCAGGACGUGGCCUGUCCGUCGUUCUUCGACAUGGUUUCCUGCUGGCCGCGAACACCGCCCGGUACGUUGGCGGUGCUGCCAUGCUUUGCCGAGCUGAAGGGCGUGCAGUAUGAUAGCUCACAAAAUGCGACUCGUUUCUGCAACGUCGACGGUACCUGGGACAACUACACCGACUACGAUCGCUGCGAGCAUCUCGAACAGCCGCCACCGCUGCCCAGCUUCGAGCCGGAAAUUGAGCUACCGACGCUGAUCUACUUCGUCGGCUACUCGAUCAGUCUGGCCGCGCUGGUGCUGGCCGUCGCCGUGCUGGUGUAUUUCAAGGAUCUGCGCUGCUUGCGGAACACGAUACACGUCAAUCUGUUCCUCACCUACAUCAUGUCGUCGAGCCUGUGGAUACUGAUCCUUUCGCUGCAGAUUACCGUAAAGCUGGAAGUGGCGGGAUGCAUAUUUCUUGUAACGCUCUUUCACUACUUUAGCACAACCAACUUUUUCUGGAUGCUGGUGGAAGGGCUCUACCUUUACAUGCUGGUUGUGCAGACGUUUUCCGGUGACACGUUACGCUUUCGGAAGUACGCCAUCAUUGGGUGGGGAGGCCCACUGAUCUUCGUUGGAGCUUGGGCCAUCGCAAAGCCUUUCUUUGGCAGUGUCUCGAAUUUGGAACAUCCUAGUAAACUCGAAAUAGAAUGCUCCUGGAUGCGUGAAUCUCACAUCGAUUGGAUCAUCCAGGGCCCGUCCUGUGCCGUGCUGGUUAUCAAUCUCAUCUUCCUGCUGCGCAUCAUGUGGGUGCUUAUCACGAAGCUGCGCUCGGCGAAUACGGUCGAAACGCGCCAGUACCGGAAAGCCUCGAAAGCGCUGCUCGUGCUGAUACCGCUGCUGGGCAUAACCUACCUCAUCGUCAUCUACGGCCCGGUCGAGGGUGUCGGCAGCCACAUAUUUGCCAUCACGCGGGCCAUUCUUCUUAGCACGCAGGGCUUUGUCGUGUCCCUUCUCUACUGCUUCCUAAACUCCGAGGUGCGCCAAACACUGCGCCAUCACUUCUAUCGCUGGCGGGACGAACGGAACAUCCUUUCCGGCAAGGUGAACAAUCAUCACCGCAGACCGACAUUCAGCAAGGACAACUCACCCCGCUCGCGGACCGAAAGCACACGAACGGUCGAGUACAGCAUCGUCACCAUGAAGCAUUCGUGCGUGCUGAGAGAUUAAACGUUGAUUGCAAGUCGCGUCGUCUGGACACACAUGAGAUUCUUUUGUGUGUGUGUGUGUGGCUAUCAGUUGACUAAGGAGAAAUGUAUGCAUUUCAAGCUGAGAAGAGAAAGCAAAACAAUUUAUCAACGAAGUAAAACACGAGAAAAAGAAAAAACCGUCUCAAUUUUUUUAUUAGUUGCCACUUAAAUUAUAAUGUAUACUUAGUAUAUUUAGCAGGUUCAGAAACGCAUGUCCAGUUAAAAGGAAAAAUACACUUUUUAAAUAGUAAUUUAAACUUUUUAAAAUAGAGAGAGACAUAAAAACGAAUCUUAAAUAUCAAAUAAGAAAUAAAACGAAAAAUUCAAGCGACCUUAUUGUAGAAACCAUUACCACCUUUUAUAUUUACAUAUGAACAAGCUAUAAGCUAGAAGAAAUUAGUAAAUGGAAGUUUAACAUCUUAAAAAUAGUUAAAUACAUCUAGUCUGUGAAGGAUUUGCUUCGAUAUAACCAUAUUCCGCAUGGCUUAGACGCUUCCACAAUUUGCAGACCCUUGCAUUUUCAUUUUCUCUCAUUUAUCCUACCUCCGUCCUCCCGUAUCACCACCUCCAUCUCACUGCAAACUGUUCACGUUCUCGUUAUAUCAUGAUAAUUAAAGCUGCAUUAAAUAAUUAUUACCAGCACACCAAAAAAAUCACUAAUAACCAAUUUCUUCCUCUUCCCUUCUUUCUCUCUGUUCCAUUCUUCCAAUCUU